AUGGAAUUCCGGGAAUUAGAUCGAACAGGAAUUGAACGGAAUUCCGUCAAAUUCCCAACGAUUCCGCUUUCACCUAAUUUCGGACCGGAAUCGGAUCAUCACGAGAUGGGUGUAUCAUUUCAUCAACCAAAUUUAUCUGCAUGUGCAUUUUGGAAUUCAAAUGGCAUAACACUCGCUGAUAACAAUACACUGGGCACUUGGACUCAGAGUCUUUUUGUCGAUAUCAAUAGCAAAGUCUAUGUGGCUCCACACACUAAAAGUAAUGUUCUUGUUAGGUCCAACAAUGGUAUAGAUUUAACACAAAACAUCUCCGGUGAUUGGAGAUGGCCACUCAGUCUAUUCGUCACAAGGAACAAUGAUAUUUAUGUUGACAAUGGCUGGAGCGGUGGAGUCGAUAAAUGGGUAGCAAAUACGAACAGUAGUGAUACGGUGAUGAAUGUCAGUGCACAAUGCAGCGGACUUUUCGUCGACAGUAGAAAUAUUGUCUACUGCUCCAUGCGCAGUAGACAUAUAGUAGUGGCUGGGCCAACUAACAAUAGCCUAACCCAACCGAUGACUGUUGCUGGUAACGGCACAGCUGGUGAGGCGGCACACAUGCUUAAUCAACCUUACGGAAUUUUCGUUGAUAGUGAACUCAAUCUGUAUGUAGCAGACUGUGGAAAUGACAGAGUUCAAAAGUUUCAAUAUAACAAUUCGAUCGGAACAACUGUGGCAGGCAAGGUGGUAGAUUCAAACUAUCAACUUAAAUGUCCAGUAGGUGUCACGUUGGAUGCCAAUGGUUUUCUAUUCAUCGUUGAUCGGGGCAAUCAUAGAAUUAUUGGAAGGAAAUCUGUCGGAUUUCGCUGUGUAGCUGGAUGUUUGGAGAGUCGAGGCUCCACGCCUGACAAGUUAUAUAGGCCAACUGCUAUUGCUUUCGACAGUUAUGGCAAUAUCUUUGUCAGUGAUGUAGGCAAUAAUCGAAUUCAAAAAUUCAAUCUGGGAAAUAACACUUGCGGUAUGUCUCAAAAAUAA